CAUCUUACCGAAAAGCGUCGAUGGAGUUGUCAACAGAAGUGCAAGAAGGACUACAAAUUGCUGGGGAUACUUCAGUUAUUCAGGAUAAUGAUUUUAUAACGAUCAUGGACGUAUUAUGCCACAAUAUACCAAAUUUAAAACAGCCACAUAAAACUCUAGACAUUCCUCAAAAAAGCGAAACUACUGUAGCCGUGAAGCGAGCCUAUGGAUCGCUACUUUGCUUAAUGCUAGAAGCUGCUAAACAUGAUGCAGAUGAAUCAAACAUAGUGGCCAUUUUAGAAGACUGUAGGUUCAGCCCUGAUCGGCUAUCAAGUGUCACGAAAUCAUUCUUGGAACACAAAGCACAGAUCAGAACCCAUUUGGGAGGCAUAGGUCUCUACCCCCCUCACAUAGUUGACGUGGACUGGAGACUCGACUACUGCAUUAAGGAUAGCAAUCGUGACAAGGUGAAUGAGCCUGUGUACCUGAUAGAUCUAAAGACCCAGAGGUCAGGCGAGACUGAGUUGCAUGAUAUACAGUUCUCGUGUACCAUGGAACAACUGCAGGAUCUAGUUGGGAAACUGAAGGAUGCCACCAAGUCUUUAGAGAAGAUAGCCCAGCUGUAAGGCUGAAUGCAUGGGAAUUUUGAUACAUUUCCUCUAGCAGGCUUCAAUUCACCUACAAAGAACAGUUAUUAUAGUGUAAUAGAAUAAAGUAGUAGUAGUAGAUCUAAAGAUAAAUGGAUAUGUUAUCUGCUGUACAUUGCUGCAGAACAUGAUUUUAAAACACUAAACGCAUUAUUGUGUAAAAUGUUUUUUGUUGUUGUUGUCAUGUAUAGCAAACUGGACCCCUGAUGCUAUCAAAUCAGGAGUCCAACAAGAAAAUAAUGAGUAUUUGACUCUGGGCUCGCAUUAAUUUCGAUCCCUGCUGUGAUGUAGUGGUGUAUGUUGAGGCUUUAAAUAGAAAAAUGUAUGAAGUAUGCAAUGGAGUGAUAAGAGUUCUUUAGCGUGACUGGAUCUUCUUUGUACAAUAUUCCUAAUUUUAGACAAAGUCCCCAACCUCUACAAACAUCAGAGUUUGAUGGACUAUAAAAACCGUUGUGUUCAGCGGGAGUUAAGGUUUAAAGGUCGGAAGUUAAGAGAUCUAGCCUGUAAGCAGUUUGCAAUCAUGUUUUUUUACCAUUCCCUCUGAGCAGCCCGCGUCUUAUUCGAUUGUUAAUGAUGACAGUUCAAACUUGCUUUCGUGAGCCUGGGUGAUGAGUGCAUAAUGAGCAAGCGCAUGCGUUUUCACUUCUAAUUGAGUAACAUGACUCGAACUCACUCAGCUGUUGACAGGGGGAUCAGUUCAUUCUGCAGCCUCUUACCCCUUGCUCGUGCAUCAGUUCAUAUAAGGAUCACGUGAGUGAAACCUGUUUAUUAAUAAUGUAUAAAAAAAGACGUCUGAAAAUUUUGUCUGUGCCACUGUUCUAAUGAACUAGUAAACAGCUUCGUGUUUUGAUUUCAUA